GAACGCCCAAAGCGUGUUCGACCGCCACCACCACUUUCGCCGCGGUCGACGGCAACAUCUGCACUAUGGCCUCCGUGACACAGCUGCGGACUCUGCUGUUGUCUGCAUUCAGCCCACGAGGGCUUCAAAAUGGCGAGCAAGAGUUCUUCGAAGAGCUCAUGGCUCACAAGCCGCUGUUGACGAACCUUUACGACAUCGGGCCACGAAACCCCCAAGAACAACGCGAGCUGGAAACUGGCAAGAUCUCGGUCAAUGGGAGACCGCACGCGGUGAACCCAGACUUCGCGCGACAAGCCCUCUUUAUAUCCCAAGAACUCAACGUGUCGGAGCGAUACGUUACGAGCCUCCUCCAAAAUGUCAUGUCUGCGAAUCCGAACGUGCCCAUGGAGCGCUGCAUCGAGGCCACCAUUCUCGAGUUCCACACUCGAAGACGCCACCUCGCCGACUGCCUGCGCUACAUCUUCGAGGCGACGCAAUUAGCGGAGACGGUAGGCAUUCCGGCUCUGUACGUUCGGGUCGAGAUGUUCGUACGUCAACAGCUGCUCCCUCCGACGAAGGGACCAGGCAAUACUCUUUCAAUAGCGAUGAGGAUGUUUCAGGAGAUACAUAGUCUCGGGAACGUGAUAGAGAAGGUACAAGCGGCGAGGCAGAAUGCGAAGAGUGAUACGGCUGCGCCAGGGCAAGGUGUCCAACCAUCGCUCGGCGCGGACAUUCUCGCUGCGCGCUGUGACUCGCUGAAAUAUGAGCGGCGGACCCUCGCUAUGGCCCUAUACUUCAUUGGCCGUCUGGGCUUCCUCUCCCCAGACGAAUUGCGGAGGCUCGUUGACUGGCUCGACGCGAAUCCCCGACAUCCCAUGACCUUCUACAUACUUCCCGCCGUUCUCUCGGCCUUCGACAUCGUCCGGCCUGAUGCAAAUAGUGGCAUGGCUCGCAAACUCGUCGUAUCUGAUAGGGGCUUCAUGAGCUACAUGAAGAAGAAACUGGAUAUCGGCAUGGAGUGGAAGGAGCCUGGCCUCAAGGCGUCUAUUCUCCUCAAGUGGACUCUCUUCCUCGCUGAGAUGCGACAGAGGAAUCCAUCACUGGAAGAUGUGGAUGGGUUCAAGACCGAGGAGCUGGAGACGCAGAUCUGGAACGCAGUACAGGGUGACUGCUUCACAUAUCUCUUGCGCAUGGUGGCGCGCCUACAGAAGACGCACUCCGCUUACCCGCCUACUUCCUUCGCAUCGAACCUUCUUGCCCAAGUCGAGCAGGACCCGUCGCUGGAGCUACCCGUGGACGAGUUCAAGCCCGCCAUCCUGGAGGCCUGCGAACUGCUUGUCCGAUCCUUGGUCAGUCAAGCCUCGUCUGAACUGCGCAAGAUCAAGCAGCGGCAGGAAGACUUGUUGCUUGCUGGUAAUCGUACAGCCCAGACACGGGGCUUUCGCUCGUCGCAUGCGCAGUCGUCAGUCCGCUUCGCCCCUGGCAACCCGGAGGCAGACAAGCCCGGCACCUCUCCGCGCAACGAUAUGGCGGUGCUCUUCUCGUUCAUUGGCCUCCUCUACUCCAUGCUCCCUCCGGAGCGCGCUCUCCACUUCUGGGGAGGUGGCUCCGUACCGGAGGGCAGACGGUCGACGUAUGCUGAAACUCUGGAGGCGAGCUCAGGGAAGCUGCCUGCCUUCCUCAACUGGGCUGUCUGGUCUACACAGCCUCGCGACGUAGACAUGCUCAUGGCACUGUAUGACAUGCUGGGUGGCCUCGCAACGGGGCAGCAGUGCAGCGAGCUCGCGUACAACUUCCUGGCGCGCGGUGGAGGGGACGUCGUCUCAGGUAACACCCUAGCCUCGUCCUCGUCAGCUCACGUCGCUGGUGGCCCUGCCGUCUCGUGGAGCGCCAUUUUUGGGUUGCUCGACUCGUGGGUCACAGCUGGGUCUACGCCGCGUAACAACCAGCCUACUCAACAGAUGGCCGGCAUGCAGUCUGGCUUCGGUACCUCUCAACAAUGGCAGGCGCCGCAGCCACAGCAGCCACCACCGCAACUAGCUUUCACUCAGCAGGACGUUCUGCUGGCGCAGGCCUUCCUACGUCUGCUGGCCACCGUCGCCAUACACUCUGUGGCGGUCAGAGUCACGAUCAGCGGUCACGCGCGGUUCCGCGCCAUCCCCACCCUUGUAUCGCUAGUCCCACUUGGCAUCCCCCUCGAACUGAAAGGUUCCAUCUUCGAGACGUUAUCGGCUUUCUGCGAGCCGGGUGCGGGUAGUGCAGGUGUGGAGAUCUGUCGGUCGGUAUGGAUCCUCAUGGAACGGAUGGAAGUCAUCAACGUUCGCGUCAACGCUGGCUUCGGGAGCUCACUUUCGACAGUCAAAGGCGUGGAGGUGGAGUUGGAAGAAGUUGAGGCGGUCUACAAGAUGUACCCCGCGACGAUCCCGUUCUUGAAGCUCCUCAGCACGCUCAUACACACGCCGAAGAGCAUCCCGAUGAGGCAACGCGUCAGAGACGCGGAGUCGAUCAACACAAUACCCGAGACUCUUGGACAGCCCUACAGGCAGCCGGGCAUUGGCCCAUUCUCGUCCUUCGUCAUCGACAACGUUUUCUCGAGAAUCGGCUCCCGGGAAUACCUGCGGCCUACGGAUAGGUGGCGGACGAAUGAUCUCUGCCUCUGUUUCAUCGAGCGUUGCUUGGCUAGCUAUGACCUCGAGUCUCUCGUGACGAGCGCCGAUGAAUUGCAGCCGAAAGGCGAUGGUCUCCUACAUCUCGCUAUUCACCCCGGCUACGACAUGAUGAAGAGGCUCCUCACUACGUCGACUCUGCAGGCCAGUAUACUGUCCUACUUAGUCGAUGGGCUGGACGGCCUUGACCGAGGGUUCGCAGAGGAAGAGUACUUCUUCAAGACCACAAUCGUGCGCGUCCUGCGUAUCAUUCACCGUGUUCUCGACAUUCAAGACAUCUUCCUGGACGUCUUCCUCCCGAUGCUUGCCGAGCUCAAUGAUCCUACCGUGGGAGAUGUACCGCAUGCGUCGUACUUCACGCGCUUUGAGCAGGUUCUCUCCUAUGCGCCUGAGCACGUCCCAGCCGUCGCGGCAUAUGUGGCCUAUCCAGCGUACCCUGAGCUUAUGCUGCUCAGCGUGAAGAUUCUAACCGCCCUGGCUUCUUCGUCAUCCUUCUCGCAACUUGCGUUGCUCAUCGACAGAAGUGCGGAGUCUGACAGAAUCCUGGACGGCUUCGUGGCCAUCAUGGAUUGUGAUGUAUUGGAUGACGUAGAUGCCGCGGAGACCUUUGCAGAGCAGAGUACGGGAGCCGGCGCACCUACCGUCGAUGAGCCAUCCGAUGCGCUCUUGCAGGCCAUACGCAUCGCUGUUCUGGACUUACUCAUCCACAACACGCACCAAAACAAGGCCUACCCUAACAUCGCACACUGGCUCUUAUUCGGUGGCUCUGUGGCCAACCAGAUUCAGGACCCCCAUGCACUCGGCGCUCGGCGAUCUUGCGUUCAUUCGAUACUCGAUCUCCUGAACUCUGGCGUACCUAGGCUGAAAGGCAGAGGACGUGAGCGCAGACAUACUGGCGCUCCCGAUGCCCUGUUCGCCAUCCUGCCAGCCUUGGCGGAACGAUGCUACCACGUCAUAUACGAGCUGUGCAAGCACCCCCGGACUUCCGACUCUACGAUGCGAUAUCUGCGUACACGCGAAGACUUCUUUGCGCGACAUCUUGCGGCAAUUCCGUUCAAGGUUCCGGCCGCCGAGCAGGAUCCGUUCGUGGAAGUCGGCUACAACGAUGGUUCGCGCGUCGUCACCAGUGUCCCAAACCUUUCCGCGUUCCUGAAGCUCCGUUCGUGGAUAAUGGACCUCAUCGCCCUCGAGCUCCAUGUUCUGGUCAACAAGGGACAUCACAAGACAGUCGCGGAACUGCUGGAACUUCUCUUCGGGAGCGAGGGUGGAUUCGUCGAGCCUGGGGCGGAAGCCUGGACGGGCGAUGCGUUCAAGCCGUUUCGCGAGGUUGGCCAGUCGCAUCUGCGCAUGAUCGAGUUCCUCCAGUCACUGGACUUCGACUGGUCUGAUAGCCUGAUCGUUCAGCCCGUGGAGCUACAGUUCUUGGGGCAGUUGAAUCUGCAGAGCUGCGUCCGCGUGAAUGAAGACGGGUGCGAGAUAGUGGACCGGACGGCUCUGCUAUCGUUGCUAGCAUCAGCGCGUAGGACCCUUCAUGCCCAGAAUCAAGUCAUGACGCCUACGCACCUUCAGCAGCUGACGGCCGAGGGCAUCUACGUGUUGGAAAGCUGUGCCAUCGAGAACCAUCGACGGGAGGUCCAAUUCGCAGCUGUAAGUGCUUACGAGGCCUGGCGGCGACUCCUUGAUAUGACUCUCAUGAAAUGCUUCAACCGGUUACCCUAUGACCGUCGAGAAGACAUGCUCUUCGAUCUCCUCCACGUAAUGCCGCUGAUCAUGCGAUCCACCAAUACCCAGGAGCCAACUGCCAUCUUGCUUGCGGAAGCGAUGCUCUCGACAAUAACCAAGCUGCGCGAAGAUCGGCACCAUCAAAUAAUCCUGCGCUCAGCAGGUGGGGACGUCGAAGCCGGCUCACUACCUGCAGAGCGGCUACACGCUCUCCUUCGCAGCAUACUGGAAUGCAUCGUGGACAAUAGUCGGAUUGAGCUUGUUCGGGGAAACCUUUACGCAUGCCUCGUCAACUAUCUGCAUUUGGUGCUGUCGUCGGAUGGCGCACGAGAUGUGGACGCACCCAGCUUGGAUUCAUCCUUGCUAUCGUCGACCAGCCCAGACAGCUUCCCUGCGCCGGACAGCCUGGCCGUCGGGUUCCCUCGCUCCCAAGCAGAAGCGACUCACAUCAGUGGUACGCUCUCUGUGUUGAAGAGCGUCAUGGAGCGCCUCGUCGUAGUCGUCUCCCGAGAUGCCAUCGAUGGGACGGAAGUCUGGAAGACUGUUGCGUUCAUGCUGCUUGACUCGUUGGUUAGACUAGCUCGCUGGGAGAAACACGCGCCAACGGUGCUUCAAGCACUCACGCGGCAUGGCUUCCUUGCCGGAUUCGUCGGUGGCUUGAAGGAGUCAGAUCUGCGACUUCAAGCUGUUUUGAAGCCUGAUCCAGAUGAUCUCAAUAUGUUGUACGUCUACGAAGCGAAGAUGUCUCACCUUAUUCGCAUGUCACAAAGCCGUCAAGGAGCCGAGCGACUGCUCGAGUCUAGAGCAAUCCCUGUGCUGGCUGACUGCGAUUAUCUUGACGCGAGGCCAGAGGCUGAUCAGGCAUUCAUGGACAACGAUUCAUUCUUGCCUUCCGCAGUACAGAGGUAUCAUCAACUGUUUUUGCCGGCUCUUCAGCUCGUUGGUGGAAUAUUGGUCACGCUUGGCCACCGGCAUACGACAGCAGUCAACCAGGCUUUGCAGUUCCUUUCAAGCCACAGAGACACUCUGAUCAUACUUCUCAAGAACGAAGUUGAUGAUCUCUCUCUGGCCGUGAUCGAGGAGAUGCGUCUCAUCGUCUCAUUAUGUGCCAACGUACUUCAUCUUGUACCCAAGAGCGAGCUAUUUUCCAGCUCGGGCUUUGGAGGUAUUCACUCCGCGAUCUCAAGCCUCGCCACAGUGUGUCUCGGAAACGCACAUUGGUCAGAAGCUGUGAAACCACAGAGCGACGCCGAGCUGGUUGACGCAGGCAUAACGAGUCCAGCCUAUGGGCAGGAAACGAAGUUCCGUUUCGCCGUCCACGACAGGGAACGACUCCUUCGGAGAGCGCUCACUGCAUAUUUGGGUACUGCUAGCGAGUUCACAGAACCGGACAUCACGCUUGUUCUUUCACCGAUCAUAACGACGCCGAGGGAGGAAAGGACGUCUCGCUUCCUCGCUACUGUACCGACCGUCGGCGACGCAAUCGAGGCACUGAACCAUCUGUGCGACGACCUGUCUUCCUCACUCAAACGGAUUGCGGAUAUAUCGGCGGAGCUCAACUCCAAGGCCUACGUCCGAGUGGAGAACAUCGAGGACAUCGUCCCGGUGUCGGACCCCACAUUGCUGGACAACCUCGACAUGCGGCAGAGGCAGUCGCUGAUCGCACGAGAACUGGCACGUUGGCGCACAGCGGCCAGCCGGCGCGCUCACAUCACACUGAGUUCGUUGGAGAUGCUCCUGCUGCUCUUGUGGCGACACCUCGACUUCUACUGCGAGGGCAGGCACAUCAACAACCCCGACCUCAAGGGCUCGAUAUCACACGCCAUGCGCUUCUCGUCCUCGCCUGACGUUGAGACGUUGAAGAUGGAAGCCGCGAGGAAGAUUGUGCCUGCAUUUCAUAGGCUGGAAAGCCUGGACUUGACGGAGGAAACUCUUGGGAAAGACUGGCAGUCAUACGAGAGCUACAUCGAGAUCAUGACGCGGAGGAUCAAGGACACGGUGGGCUUGCAGGAUGAACCAGAGCCGGACCAGGACGGGGAUACGUCCAUUUCGUGAAUAUUGUGAUUUUAAAGCAGGGGUCCCAAGGACAGAAUCUUGUGAAUAUGUAUCGUCAGUUCUUCGCAACGAGCGCACCAGACAAGGCGUGCAUGAACAUCGCACGAUAACAACAGUACAUA